AUGGGAAACUACUUUGGUGAUGUUGGUUUGUGGUUGGAAGAAAUAAAUCUUGGUAGCUAUCGACAAAUUUUCAAAGAAAAUGGUGUUAAUGGAGAGUACUUGGAGGGGAUGUCCAUGUUUACGACGGAGCAGAUACUUCGGUUUAUAAGACGGUGCCACAUGAAAUGGGGGGACUUCAUAACACUGUGCAAGGAGCUGAGGCGGAUUAAAGUGGCUUGCUUAAAAGGGGAACAAAAAGUCCGCCGGCCAUGGUGGGCCCCAUCUUUCCUCUCCGUACUGUUCGUCAAGGUGACAAAGCGCAACAGGAACUGUAGAGUGGUUUCUUUGAAGCUAGAACCUUGA